AUGGCGAUCCUCCGAGGCCCGGUCGAACCACGGCCGAUGGGCUUGAUGCUCACCAAGCGACUUGCGCGCAUGGUCGUUGGCGUGCUGACGUUUCUGUUGGCCGUUGGGAUUGUGCUUACUCGCCAUGACCAAGCCAAGGGCGUAUUGCCAUUCCAUCGCCAGCACACGGGGCCCGACACCUACUCGUUCAAGUCAGCCAGCCGCUUCUCGCCCGUGACCUUUGACAACCCGGAAGGAAUGAGCAGGGACGACCUGUGCGCCUCCUUCCCCAGGUAUCUUCUCAACCAUGUCCAGCCUGUUUUGAAGAUUGGCCACAGCGAAAAUAAAGAAAGGCUCGAUGCAAGCUUCAGCUCCGUCUCGUCAUGUUUCAACACGGACGACUUAUUGGUCAUCUCGGACCUGGACGAGGUGGUUCAUGACCACCAAACGAUUGACGUACUCGCCGAUUUACCUGCGGACUACUACAACCUAGACAACAACCCCAGUUUCCGAAACUACAUAGCGCAGAAGGAAAUGCGCAACAAUGGCACUCUGAACGAGGAGACGCAGGCGGCAAUCGAUGGCUGGAUUCUCGACAAGUACAAGUUUCUGCCCAUGGUUGAACGGGCCUGGCUAGCUAAACCCGGCAAGGCCUUUUACUUUUUCUACGAAGCAGAUACGUAUGUAUUCUGGGACAACGUCUUUCGGUUUCUCGAAAGCUUCGACCCUGACACCCCCAUCUACAUGGGCUCACCAUCCCCCGGCCGGCACGACCCUGAGCGAGACGUCAAAACCUGGUUCGCUAAUGGCGGACCUGGCUUGGUUUUGAGCAGAGGCGCAAUCAAGGCGCUAUUGCAUCGCGAGAUCGACACCAAUGGCCACUAUGUCGACCCUCAUGUCACGGAGAAAUGGCAAGAUCUCGUGGCUGGUGAGUGCUGCGGCGACAGCGUGCUCGGAUGGGCUCUUUGGAAUAUCACUAUUCAACUGCAAGGGUACUGGCCAAUGUUCAAUCCUCACCCCCUUCAUGGCAUUCCAUUCAGUGAUUUGUACUGGUGCCAGCCGGUAAUGACGCUACACAAAACGACUCCAAAAGACAUGGUUGACUUGUGGCACUGGGAGUUUGGGCAACGACAACUGCAUCGCCCCAUGCUGUACUCCGAUGUGUGGCGUCUUCGACAUCCCGGCGAGCCUAGCACUCUUGAGAAUUGGGAUAACGGAGACUGGGACAGCUGGCAACCACCUGCAGAAGCAUCUAUCCGUGGCUCCGGAACCUGCGAGCAAUACUGCCGAAGACAAGAUGACUGUCUUCAGUGGAACUGGCGAGGCGGUGACGAGAAGAAAUGUAUUCUCAUGAGGUCAGUGAGGUAUGGAGCGGCUCGAAAGCCGGAAUAUUUACUGGACGAUGGACAGCGAGUAACGAUGCCCGAAUACGAACUUGAUAAACAGGCCCAAGGAAAGUGGGUAGAGUAUCGGAGUGGAUGGGUCGAAGACCGCAUCAAAAGCUGGAGGAAUGAGAGGAAAUGUGAGCAGGUGCGUUGGGUUGGACCCAGCGUUAGCCGGGUAUUUUGA